CUCUCCGCAGGCAGGGCAGGGGACAGCGGCCGCCCGCUGCCGUCUUCCCCGGGCACCGGAGCCGCGGUCUCCCGGGCAGGAGCUGGGACCGGCCCGCCGUCGCCCCUCGCAUUGCCGCCGCUCAGGGCCAGCAACGCUUCCCACACGGUUGGAGGCACUAAGCACACAAUGAAUGAGCACCUACAUGUUGGUAGCCAUGGACAGAUCCAGGUUCAGCAGCUCUUUGAAGAUAAUAGUAACAAGAGAACAGUUCUGACAACACAGCCAAAUGGACUUACAACACAAGGCAAAUCUGGAUUGCCAGUUGUUCAGGACAGACAGUCAGAGAGUGCCCACAGGCGACAAGGGAGCUCCAGCUCUUUAAAAUCUACAGAUGGAACAGGGAAGGUGAAAGCCUCUGCUACCACACCAGAGCAAGCUAUGAAGCAAUACAUGCAAAAAUUAACAUCUUUUGAGCAUCAUGAGAUUUUUAACUACCCUGAAGUAUACUUCUUGGGUCCAAAUGCCAAGAAGCGGCAAGGUGUGAUUGGCGGUUCAAACAACUGUGGGUAUGAUGAUGACCAGGGGUCUUACAUACAAGUGCCCCAUGAUCAUAUUGCAUACAGGUAUGAAGUCCUGAAAGUUAUAGGGAAAGGAAGCUUUGGGCAGGUGGUGAAGGCCUACGAUCACAAGAUGCAUCAGCACGUGGCACUAAAAAUGGUGAGAAAUGAAAAACGUUUCCACCGCCAAGCUGCGGAAGAAAUUAAGAUCCUGGAACAUCUCCGGAAACAAGAUAAGGAUAACAACAUGAAUGUUAUUCACAUGUUGGAAAACUUCACGUUCCGCAGCCAUAUCUGCAUGACAUUUGAGUUGCUGAGCAUGAACCUUUAUGAAUUAAUAAAGAAAAACAAGUUUCAGGGCUUUAGCCUACCUUUGGUUCGGAAGUUUGCCCACUCAAUUUUACAGUGCUUGGAUGCUUUGCACAAAAACAGAAUCAUUCACUGUGACCUUAAACCUGAGAACAUUCUGUUGAAACAACAGGGUAGAAGUGGUAUUAAAGUGAUUGAUUUUGGCUCAAGUUGUUACGAGCAUCAGCGUGUCUACACUUACAUUCAGUCACGGUUUUAUCGUGCACCUGAAGUCAUCCUUGGUGCUCGUUAUGGGAUGCCCAUAGAUAUGUGGAGCUUGGGCUGUAUUCUAGCAGAGCUUCUGACCGGUUAUCCACUUUUACCUGGAGAAGAUGAAGGAGACCAGCUGGCUUGUAUGAUUGAACUAUUGGGCAUGCCUUCUCCGAAACUCUUAGAUACAUCCAAGCGAGCAAAAAACUUUGUGAGCUCUAAGGGUUAUCCUCGCUAUUGCAGCAUCACAACCUUGUCUGAUGGUUCUGUCGUACUUAAUGGUGGACGCUCUCGGAGGGGAAAACUGCGUGGCCCACCGGAGAGCAGAGAGUGGAGUAAUGCAUUAAAGGGAUGUGAUGAUCCCCUCUUCCUUGACUUCUUAAAACAGUGUUUAGAAUGGGAUCCUGCUGUCCGUAUGACACCCAGCCAGGCUUUGCGGCAUCCCUGGCUAAGGAGACGGUUGCCAAAACCUCCGACUGGGGAAAAGGCUUCAGCAAAGAGACUUACAGAGAGUACUGGUGCUAUAACUUCAAUUUCCAAGUUACCUCCAACUUCAAGCUCAGCUUCAAAACUGAGGACUAACUUGGCACAGAUGACGGAUGCCAAUGGGAAUAUUCAGCAAAGAACAGUGUUGCCAAAACUCGUUAGCUGAGUUUGAAAAACCCAAUGCUGUUAAUACGAGAGAUACAAUGUGGCUGAGCCUUAUUUGUAUGAAAAAUUAGCUCAGAUAUGCAUUUUUAUUUGCUCAAUAAAUCUCUUAAUUUGUAUCUUUCAGCACUCAUUUUAAAUGUAAUUUUAAAUGUUAAUUUUGU